AUGUUCUCCUCUUCAGGGAGUGGGAAGAAGCCCUCGCAACAGCAGGAAAUGGUCCAAGUUGACCGCUCAGAUUCUGCAUCACCGUUUUGGAAACCGCCCCCACGCGAGAACGCACCGAAAAGAACAGGUCGCGACACAAACCUGGUGGUUGGAGCUGCGUAUUCGCAUGCCGACAUCCUCAAGUUCGAUUCGUUAAACCUUUCCAACUCGUCUAGACCGAAAACCCCUCCGUCCUCCCACUCUACCAAAGGCAGACCCAGCGAUGCUUCCCCUCCGUCGCGGCCCCAAUCAGGCAUGUCAUCGCCUCCGAUCAAGAGCUACAUUAACUUCCUUUCCAACACGAACGAUGACUGGAAAGCGGACGAAGACGAGGAGGACAUGAUGGGCUAUGAGGACGACGACGGCGAUGACUUCGGCUUGCCUAGCCUGUCCAACAUGAAGAGGCGAACGCGCAAAAUGGCCGCUCAAAACAAGCCUGACACAAAUGGAGGCCUUUCGCCAAUGACCGACUCAUUCGGUGGACUGGGGUUGCAGACCAGAAGAUAUUCGAAUAGCGCGGAUAUUGCUAUUGAAAGGCCCGCGCCGACUUAUCCGAUGCCGAAGAAGAGCGAAGGGAAGAUAUUGCGGCCGCAGUACAAGGAGAUACUGAGGGAUCCGGCAAACGCUUUGCAUCUAAUCGAUCACCCCGCCGUACCCGCUAAUGCGACGCCGAAAGAAAUUGACGCCGCUAAUUCCAGAAUAACUCGCAUCAACAAGUUCAAAAAGCUCCUCCAGGCUUCGACCAUACCUUUACAGGAGCUUCGGCAGCUCGCUUGGUCCGGCGUGCCCCAGGAGGUUCGCGCCAUGACAUGGCAACUCCUUCUGAGCUAUAUGCCAACAAAUAGCGAGAGGCGAGUCGCUACUCUGGAAAGGAAACGAAAAGAGUACCUUGAUGGAGUGCGACAGGCUUUCGAGCGCGGCGGUAGCGUUUCCGGUGGAAGCGGUGGUUCAAGCACUGCGCCGCCAGGAAAAGCGCGAGGCCUGGAUGAGGCGAUCUGGCAUCAGAUCAGCAUCGACGUUCCAAGGACGAACCCUCAUAUUGAACUUUAUUCUUAUGAAGCAACUCAGCGGUCCCUGGAGCGGAUUUUAUAUCUUUGGGCUGUGCGACACCCAGCCAGCGGCUAUGUACAGGGUAUCAACGACUUGGUGACGCCUUUCUGGCAAGUCUUUCUUAGCACCUACAUUGCCGAUUCCGAUAUAGAAUCUGGCAUGGAUCCUGGUCAACUGCCGAAGCCAGUGCUAGACGCUGUAGAGGCAGACUCAUUUUGGUGUUUGACAAAACUGCUUGACGGCAUCCAGGACCAUUACAUUGUGGCCCAGCCAGGCAUUCAAAGGCAAGUUGCUGCCCUCCGCGACCUCACGGCUCGGAUUGAUGCUGGGCUGGCAAAGCAUUUAGAGAAGGAGCAUGUGGAGUUCAUCCAGUUCAGCUUUCGGUGGAUGAACUGUCUUUUGAUGCGGGAGAUAAGUGUACGAAACACGAUCAGGAUGUGGGAUACGUACUUGGCCGAGGAACAAGGUUUCUCUGAAUUCCAUCUGUAUGUUUGCGCGGCUUUCUUGGUCAAAUGGUCGGAUAAGCUGGUCAAGAUGGAUUUCCAGGAAAUAAUGAUGUUUCUGCAAAGUCUGCCUACGAAGUCAUGGACGGAAAAGGACAUUGAACUGCUGCUGAGCGAAGCUUUCAUUUGGCAGAGUCUCUUCAAGGGGUCAUCAGCACAUUUGAGGGGACAACCAAGCCGAACACCCUCUGCAAACAUGCAGUUGUAG